UGCAAUUGGGUUGAGAAACACCAACAACUUUGAUAGGAAGUUUCUCUGGGUAUAAGGAAGCCUCUAAAGUAGAAAACGCUCAGAAAGUCACCCCUCUUGACAUUUUGAUCAUGCGUUCCUCCGCGCAGAGAACUGUGUGUGUCGUGGUUUUAGUUCUUCUGGUAACUGGUGUUGCUACAGCCGUCCAUGAAACAUGGGCAGAUGCCAGCCUUAGCCGGCUACCAGCACAACUUGAAUUACACAAGGUUUACCAGUAUCCAAGACUGGUUUACGAUCGAAUGAUGGAAAAUGCCUUUGUCCGCUCCACGCCAGCUAGCACUCUUCUUCUACAGUCCACUCGCUACCGUGUGGCUGAGCAUAUUGUGAUGCUGGUGUUUCGACGGAAAAACGGCUCAUAUGAUGAACGCAGAGACACCCUUGUUGCAAUGGACGUGUCUUAUCCUGGUGUGAGAUCAUGGAGGCACCUGGCGGAGUUGACAUACCCGGACCUUGGCGCGCUGUGUCAACGUAAGUCGUAUUUUGCGCCCGCUCUUGCCACAUCACCUAACAGAAGAGAUCUGAUCAUUUACGACUUCGGACCCUGGCCAGAAUGCGACAUGAUGUUCGUGUGGAGAGAUAUGCAACUGCGAAGAGUGAACACACCAAUGGUGAGUGCGGGCAGUACAAUAUAUCUUCAGUCAAUUGUGACCUUGAGAGAUGACGAAGAGCACGCAAAUACGUAUCGAGUGUUUUCUUACGGUGGCCUUGUGUGCACUAAAGAUCUACCGACAUUUAUAGAGAUAUCAAAACUGGACAAAUAUUGCAGGAUUUCCUCCAGCCUGCGAUACAUGCACAUUCUAAGUAAGACGGGAGAUCAUAUAGAAGGAACUCAAUGGCGAAAGCUAGAACCGGUUGAGUCGAACUUUGGCCCUCGUCGUCUUCUUUUCCCAUCCUUACUUGCAGUCAACCACACCAUUAUUGUGUACGGUGGAGUGCCAGCGUAUAAUGUGGACAAUACCAGAACGAACAAACCACCAGAUGUGGAUAGCUACUGCACGUUCUGGGUAUUCAAUGUCAAAAAGCGAUCCUGGAUGUCUCGUCACAAAAACGCCACAAGCAUAUGUCGCAUUUCCGGACAUGGCGGAAAGUUGUUUCCAGUCUCUGUCACAACAGACAUAUUGGCGCUCAAGAACAGGCCACGCGCAGUCUUGUUUGCGAACGAAUCAAAGAUUCUCCUGCACUUUUCUGAUCGGGACGCUCUGCGUGUGCUUGAGGUGUGCAGUGUGCGACUGACCCAUAAGAUUAAUUUUCCAUCUAGCACAAUAUCCUGUCGACGAAUGCUCACCCAUCAAUCCAAGUUGACAUAUACCUGGAGACAUUCUGGAAAGUAUUUUAGCGAUGCUUAUCACUCAGUUGGUGGCGGAGUCGGUGCUUUCUUUGGGACGGCAGAGCGGGAGUGGACCAUACGGCCUGAAGCACCCUUGUCCACUUGCCCCAGCUUGGCUAAGAACACAGAAUGCGCGUGUAAUGAUUUCACGGAGGAGAUAAUAUACGAUGCUUCCAGGCCAGCCUACAGUCUGCCGGGAGAGUUGGGCUGUACAAUUAAUGGUGCUGUUCUACAAACCAUACUGGGAAAGGAGAGAGUUAUAUUCUUGCCCGGCUCGACGUGCGUCUGGUCAAAUUCACAACACCCCAUAGGUGUCAACGUCUACUGGAUCCUUGACACGACAACGAAUGAGUAUGAGACUAGGACAAUGGCGCAGUGUACAGAACAUCCAAUGCGUGUUGCUAAGGGAUCAACUGCUACGCAACUUACUGCUGGUGUGGUAUUCUUGUUCGGUAUGGGGAACGUUUAUGGCAUUCCUUUCAAAUACCUCUCAAUCAUGUGGUGCAUUAAUAUACUGAACUUCACCUGUAUGGAAUUUACUAACGCUGCCACAGUUCAACCGUCGGCACGAUACAACCACAUGGCAGUACGACUUGAUGACAGACAUCUUCUGGUCUACGGGGGGUUGGACAAUUUCAGAUCAGAAUAUCUCUCUGAUAUCUGGGUACUCACAUUAGACAGUGUAGGGCAGUGUAAAGGAACGUGGAAAAUUCUCAAACCUACGAAUCUCUUUGGCGCCGUAAUGCCAAGUCUUCCCUACCCGCAAACAAUACAUAUCAAUAAUACUCUUUUCGUUUUCAGUGACACAUCAGCAUGUACUGACUACAUAAUGGCAAUGGAUAUCUCCCGAUACUUAGACAACGGUACAAUUCGAAUCAACCAAGUCUCCGUUAGGCCCUGUAUGCCUGCGAUGAAAGACUUCGCUAGUGUCCAGUACAACAAGAAUGGCAUACUAUUGUUUGGUGGUAGGACUGACAACAUCAAAAUCGAUGAAAAAACCACAAUUGCAAAGCUUAUCCUGCUGAAUACUUCUAACGUACAAGCGGAGGCCAGGGUGGUGCCCUUUUUCCAAUAUGAAAAUGCAAUCCAAAUAUUUUAUCACCGUAUCAUGAGAGGGCAGCGUCUCUAUGUAUUCUCGGGAGAGAUAUACAACAGAGGUUCAGGAAAGUAUAUGACGAUUGAGACCGAGCUCUGUCCGACGGGGCACGAGCUGCGUGAGGAUAACACGUGUCGACCCUGUCCGCAUGGUUUCUUUUCUUCAACUCUACGUGGCGGAUGCAAACCGUGUCCCAAUUUCACAACAACAGAGACAGAAGGAUCGAACGCCUGCGUUGCAAUAUCCCCGUGCCGUUCCCAGCAUUGCCACCAGCACGGGGUGUGUAUCGUGACCGACUUCAGCGCCAGCUGCCAUUGCAGCUUUGGUUACGUGUCGUAUGACAACUGUAGACUACCACUGGUGAGCUUGGCCAUUGCAUCCGCCAUUCUGCUCCUCGUCUCCUUCAUUGCUCUUGCUCUACGAAAAUACCACAUGAGAAACCAGCAACUCAAGCUCAAGGAGAAAGAGCUGCAGGACAAACACAAGAGUAUGCGACUGUAUCAGAAGAAGCUAGACCAGAUCAACAUCGGAACAAGAAUACGCUGGUCAUCGCUGAACCUCACCAAGAAACUGGCCAGGGGAGCAUUCUCGCAAGUGUGGCAAGCCGAGUUCAGCGACAUGUUAGUAGCUGUGAAAGUACUCCCUAAAUAUACUGGUAGAAAUCCCUCGCAGACAGACCAGUUCGUCCAGGAAGCUGAGGUCCUGCGUUCAAUUCGUCACCCCAACAUCGUCAUCUUCUUGGGAGCUGGCACAAAUCAUUCCAGCAAAAGACCGUUUAUCGUGAUGGAGUACUUGCGGCGAGGUUCUCUCCACAAUGUACUCCACGAUGUCGAGAACGUGUUCACACACCACGAUCGUCUGAGAUUUGCCCUGGACACAGCCCGAGGUAUGACGUACUUGCACGAAUCCAACCCGCCACGUCUGCACCGAGACCUGAAAUCUCCCAACCUUCUAGUCAGCGACAAGUGGGUGGUGAAAAUCGGCGAUCUUGGCAACUCGCGAUUUAUGGCCAUUCUGGAUGAGGAGAAGGCAACAGCAGCGAACAGCGCCAGUACUAGUGCCGCUCAAACUGCCCUGACGCAGUCAUCAAACACGCCGGAUGGCACACAGUCCGUAGGCGAAAGCUCCAGAGAAAAUGUACUUAUCGAGCUCCCUUGUUCCGGAUCAGUACUUGACAGAUGUGAUUCCAAGAACUCGCUUGUACUAUCAGGAAACCAGGAGACCAGUCUGUCAACGCCUCUACUCACCGACGUCUCCACAAACCAUGGAGAGACGUAUCAGCGCUAUUCGGCAUCAGUGAUGACUCGCGGCGUGGGGACUCUGCGCUGGAAAUCACCGGAGUCAGUACGUGGCGAGCAUUACAACGAGAAAGCCGAUAUCUACAGCUAUGGCGUUGUGCUUUGGGAGAUCUUCACCAGGCAAACGCCAUACGGACAUCUGAAGCGUGAGUCGGACGUAGAGAAGGCAAUAGAGAAUGGUCACCAGCUGCCUAUUCCACCUGGUAUGCCCUAUGACUAUCGUCAUCUGGUCGAGGCCUGCUUGAGACCAGAAGCGCCCAACCGUCCAUGCUUCAGUGAGAUACUCCAUGAUCUGGAAGUUCAACAAGUGAAUGCUUGACCAUGUUAUCUCUCAGUACAGCGCAGUGCGUAACACUGCCCCUGCACUUAGUCACGAAGAAAUGUUGCAUUCCCUUUCUGGCUGGUGCAGCUCGUCUGCUCGUGACUGGGUUCGCGACUUUAUAUCUGGUCGAUUCCCGCGUGUCCAUGUCGGCGAGACGGUUUCAAUGCCUUCUCCCUCAUCUGCCACAGUUUUCCCAGGGUUCACAAUCAUGUUAGUCCACUUUUGUUUAGCAUGAGCAUAGAGUCCCUCGUCAGUGUACACUGUUGUUGUGGAAUGACUCUAUUUGCUGACGAUUCCAAUCUUCUCUGCUGCUCGGUACCUGACGCGUCCAGAUCGAUACACACUGCACCCCUCCAAUCUGAUCGGGACAGCUAUCUGCCCUGGUCUGAGGGCAUCUCAGCUGUAUUUAACCCCAAUAUGUAUUAUCAUCUUUGCCCCAACCACAGCUACUUCUGGGACCGUUUCCAUGAACAGCGAUUGUGUCCCUACCUACCAUCAUCCCAGUGUCCUAUGUUCAUCCACUUUGAAUUUUUCUGAUCAUAAUUAUUGUUGCCUUUUAUAUUUUGUUUUUCUCCUUCGGAAUAUGUCGCAGUUCCUUCCACUUUCCACUAUCAGUGUCACAAGUUUAGACAAUCUCCGACAUAAUCAUCCCAGCUGACAUUUUGGAACUGUUUAUCUUGGCUUGCUUGCUGGCUUGUAUUGCUGAGGGAACAUACAUGUAUGUUGGUUUGUAUUCGUGGGACACCAUGGUGCAUGGGCCACACGUACUCAUGCGGCGGAUAUGUGUGAAUAAUAUUAAUGAUGUCCGACCCCUCAUGGAGUAUGCCCUGCCGGUUUGGAUGUGCUCGUUGAAUAGUAGUCUUGCUUCCAUACUCGAUAAACUUCAAGCCACGGCCGCUAGGUCAUACUUAUCCUGCGUUUUUAAAGUCCAUAAAUCGCUGCACUCUCUUCUGCAAAUCCUCCUACUUGUACUCCCAUUUUUUACACUCCUAUGAAGGCUAAGAUAAUAAUAUUAUUUUGUGUACGACUUGUGUUUCCUGGGAUUCCUACCCUUACCAGGUUUAUUGCAUUUGCCUCCAAAAUAUCUAUUGAAAGGGAGUGAAUGACUUG